AGGUGACGGUUAGCAGUCGACAGGAAGUGAUGUCAUUGACGUUGUCUUUCUCUCCCAAGUUGAGGGAGGAACCACUCCCACUGGUCUUAUGCGCUUUACUUUCCUAUACACGUUACUGAAUUGUUUACAGUCGUCUCUUUUGUCCAAGCCGGAUAAUUUGACUUCAGUUGUAUCUACACAGGUAUAUUUCGCCGAUGUCAACUUACCUGAACAGCGGCCGGAGCCGCCAAAACACAAUUGACGGUGACGACUUCUGGGCUGUGUCACAAAUUGAACGUUCAGCCAACAAGUUUAAUUUAUUCGAUGAUGAUAUCUCUGUUGACAAUGCAUCAAAUUUUGCUUCAAAGAUCCUUUCGUGUCGAGAUGAAGACGAUGAAGUAAGUGAAAGUCUUGCUUCUCUCAUAGACUGUGAAACUGCAACAACACCUGGAGACCACCCACUAGCACAUGCUAAAAAUCUGAGUUUAAAAUCAAACCAAGCGAAUCUUAUAUCGAGAACAGGCACACCAGCGAAACCCUCUAAUUUACCAGGUAGCAAUCAACAUUGUUCAUCUUCUCCUUCGACUCCAGCUACUGAGUCAAAUAGCAACAGUUUACAACAAAUAGGAUCAUCUUCCUAUGGUCACGGCCGAUCAAAAAGCGAUACAACUAGUGCUAUUCUACCUGAUUCACACGCCAAUACGAGGCGAGGUAGUCAACACACAUCUAGCCAAAUAUUCCCUAAGCCUGGCUUCAGUUCUGCAGAUUCUAACUUAAGCAUAGAUGAUGUAAUCGAAAAAUCUGUUCCCAAAACAGCAUCUUCGUCAUCCCUCCACAAACUUGAAGCCGAGGUAAUUUCUUUAAAACACUCACUAAGGACAGCUGAUCGUGAAAAGUGGUUAAAACCUCCGAUUUCUGAGACCCUCAAAAGAAUUCGAGAUGGCGAAGCCCACUCUGGCAUUAAUAUGUACCGAACGCGUGAAGACAAGGUAGAGAUUUUAAAUAAAGCUACUGAAAGUCAUGAUGGUAACAUAAUUAUUACAGUUGUCCUAUUUCUUCGUCAGACACUUAAAGAUAGUAUAUUUCAUGACAUUCUCAAGAGCCAUCCCAUUGCUGCUAAUCAUUACAUCAGUCAUAUGCGGGCUCUGAAAAAUUACUCUGAAUUGAUAUAUUUUCUAAAAGGAAUGGAUAUGCACGAGGAAGCUGCUAUGACCAUGUAUAAGCAAGCAAUCAGCUGUAAGGAUUUAGCCAAUAAGUUUAGUAGCCUCAAAAAAUGCCUGCAAGAAUACAAAUCCAGUUACCCAGGUAUGUCAACAGAACUUUGGUUGAUUGAAAGUCAACUUGCACUUUUAGAAUGGCAAAAUACUGUUGAAAGUAUGGAUAAAAGUGACCAACGUAACACUAUUUUACAAAAAAUUCCACCUACAAAACCUCUUGUUGAUACGUCUGUGAUUUAUUCUUUAUAUUACAGUGCUUUGUAUCAUUACAAUGACAAAGAAGCCGAAUUUGCCUCACCAAACAUCUUGCGCAACAAACAUCAGUUAACAGAAAAACAGUUUCUAUGGACAACUUUAACUGCCAGGGCUUACUUGAAAGCCUGGCCUAGUAUUGAAGAUAUGUUAACAACAAAAGGUAAUAUUUUCAGUGGCAAGAAACUUAGGGCAGUGAUAGGACUUGAUAAGGUUGCAGAACUAUUGUAUCAGUUCGGAGCAGAGGAGGCUGACAUUAAAAAAUACCUGUUGGCCAUGAAUGACAAUGAAAAGUGUUUGCAACUUUCUCAAAAACUAAAAUGUUAUGAGACUUUCAUUGAAACAUGUGUUGCAAUGAAAGAUCGACGAGAACUGGAAAUAUUUGCUCAGAAAUUUUCAGCAAACGCUGAGUUACAUCAGAAAGCCAUAGAUGCGCUGAACACAUCAACUAUCAAAUGGAAAUGAAAAACUGUUCUUAAACUUUCUCUAUUGAUGAAAUAUAUAUACAUACA